CCCACCUGUGAGGAAGUUGCUUGCGUCGCAAUCUAUCAAUGUUUACAUGACAAACUACAUUUCAGCCUGGUCAGUGAAACGUCUCUACGCGCUAAUUAAAUGAACGCAAUUAAAGGUGGUGUCUUUACUCCUGGUGCAUUAUGGGUCAGUGGAGGCCUGUGUCUAACCUGAGAGUUCAGGUAUCUCGACACCCUCCUGCGGUUGUGUUCUUCCUCAGUCUGCUAAUCCUCUCCAUAACUUUCGUCUGCAUUGGACUUUACUCUCAGAAUCACGACAUCAAGAACCCUGACAUAAGUGUAGACUGGAACUGGGUUCUGGGUUCUAUCGCUGGUUUUAAGUUCUGCACACAUCUGAACGACACAGAGGCACCGCUGGAGGAAGACUCUCCCCGAAUGGUGGAGCAUUCAGAUAGGACAAAUAUUUCCACGAGCAGCGCUCAUGUUUCCUUACUGGUGCCGCUGGCGUUUACAGGGGACGUCCCAGAUAAUACUGCCAUUAGUGCCACUAUGUUGGGCAGCCAGAUGGGCAUGAAAGGGGCUGCAGCGAAAGUAUCCGUCAAUAUAUCUCUGCUCCUGCACACUGAUAUUACCGACAGCCAAACUCCUGCUGGCACGCAGAGCAGUCGACCCCUGACCUGUCUUCAUUUCACUGCCCUGACCCAUGUUCUCCCCCAAACGCUAUCACCUCCAGAAUGCCCAGUCGCAGAGAACGAAGACAAGAGCGCCGCACCUGUCAGAGCUGUUGCUGUAGAAUCAUACAAGCACAAUUCUCCACACUGCUUCAGUCUGGAGUUCACACCAGAUCCACACCUAACAGUCCUGCUCACUAAGGAUGAAAAAGCCUUGUGCAGGUAUCACCUGUUGCUGGUUAGUGUUGUGCUGCUGGUUAUCUGUGUCCUCAUGAGUCUCUGUGGAACUUUUUCUUCACAUUCGCCACGUUCUUUCCAGGGGAAUGACCUUCAAAAGGAAUCGCUGCUAAGCCAAUGAG